AGAGAGAGAGAGAGUGAGAGGUUCGGUAAAAGAGGACUCCAGAGCUUGUUCUUUGGAUUCUUGUGGUCAUUGGAUUUGAGCUCGCUCUUCUUUUGCUUUUGCUGCUCAACAGUGGGUUUGGGGGAGUGAGAGGACUGACAGCACGCAGAGAGGAGGUGUGGGCAUGGGAGGGGUCAUCAUGGGUUUCCUGCUGUGCGCCUAUGGAGAGUAAUCCUUAGAGGACGGGCUCAGUUCAUGACUUUACGGAGUUGUGAUCACACAAGUUGGGAGUUGACUGGAGGAAUAAGGAUGCCAUGGUAUAAGCAUUGAAGCAUGGGACACUAGAUCUUAUAGAUCUUUGGAACAACGCAAGGAAGAAAAAAGAAAGAAUUGGAGAACACUAUACACAGCUGAAAUCAAGAGAAAUUCAUUAACAAAUGGCAGGGAGGGUGGAGGUAUUAGCUUAGUGUUUGUGUGUAUCUCAGCUCUCCCUUGAUUGUUUUCUACUUUAGAGAGCCCGUGGCUGUCUCCUGUGCCUGAUCAUUAGCCCUUGGACCUCGUGGGCCUGCUGUGGAGCAGGGAAACAAUAUACCUUCUCCCUUGGACGGCAUCUCUGGUUCUCCUCUUCAUUGAGUGGAAUGGCCUUUGAAGUCUAGACCCAGUAGUUUCUUCUUGUGUUGGAUGCUCUGCAUCCGUUUCUAUUUUUAGUAACAAAUCGAUCUGGAAGUCCACUCCACCAUCUUGUAAUUGCACACUUGGCAGCGUUCUUUAUAGCAGCUCUUAUUUACACUACUGGGGAUGCAGGGAGGCGGUAUAGCUGUUCUUACGACAGUUUAGUGGGGUUGUGUGGUUUGCUCUGUGUCAUAGAAGUGAAGGGUGUUUUUUGUUUUGUACCACAAUGAAGUUUAUGAAGCUUGGAUCAAAGCCUGAUUCUUUUCAGACGGAUGGGAACAAUGUCAGCUUCUUUCGAAUACUUUUGUGGAGACCUUCGAUGUAUUUAAUGAAAAUUGCAUGAUCAUCGAUGGAAAUUUCGAGGAAGAUUGCUUGCUUGUGGAACUCGAUGGUGUAGUCCUGGACAGACUAAUUAUUCUUCUGUCGUUUGUGGCAACUGAGCUGGCAACUGAUAUCAUUGUUCAUGUAGGAGAAGUUAAAUUCCAUUUACACAAGUUUCCUCUUCUGUCCAAGAGUGCUCGCUUGCAAAAGCUGGUGGCAGCUACCAAUGAUGAAAGCAAUAAUGAGAUUCAUAUUCUUAAUGUUCCCGGCGGCCCUGCUGCAUUUGAGAUUUGUGCUAAAUUUUGUUAUGGUAUGACUGUCAUCCUCAAUGCUUACAAUGUGGUUGCAGCCCGUUGUGCAGCAGAAUAUCUAGAAAUGCAUGAAUCUGUGGAGAAGGGGAAUCUGAUUUAUAAAAUCGAAGUCUUCCUCGACACAAGCAUAUUCCGCAGCUGGAAAGACUCAAUUAUAGUUCUCCAGACUACAAAGUCUCUGCUACCUUGGUCUGAGGAUCUGAAAUUGGUGAGCCACUGCAUAGAUUCUAUAGCUUCCAAGGCCUCCAUUGAUGCUUCUAUGGUGGAAUGGUCUUACACUUAUAACCGAAAAAAACUUCCGUCAGAAAAUGGUCUCGAUACACAAUGGAAUGGGGUCAAAAAACAGCAGUCAGUACCUAAGGACUGGUGGGUCGAGGACCUCUGUGAGCUUGAAAUGGAUUUCUACAGGCGGCUUAUAAUGGCCAUCAAAGCUAAGGGAAGAAUGUCCGGGAAAGUGAUCGGAGAGGCUCUGAAAGCUUAUACAUAUAGAAGAAUUCGAGGUUUUGGCAGAGGUUCCCUGAUCCAUGAAGGUGAUGUCAUGAAAAGUAGGUCACUGCUAGAGACCAUUAUCUGGUUAUUGCCGGCGGAGAAAGGUUCCGUAUCAUGCAGUUUCCUUCUUAAGCUACUAACAGCUGCAAGUUUACUGGAUUCUGGCGAAAUGGGUAAGAAGGAGCUCAUCAAGCGAAUAGGCCGCCAAUUAGAAGAAGCUUCAGUACCUGAUCUUUUGAUCCCCAGCAUGUCAGGGGAGGACACUGUGUAUGAUACCAACAUGGUUCUUAGUAUAGUGGAGGAAUUUGUGAUGCAGGAUAGUGGUGCUGCUCAUACUAGCCCAAAGGCAUCUGAAGUGCUCGAGGAGACCAGGAGCCCGGCUAUAGUUUCAGGUAGUUCAAAGAUCAGUGUAGCGAAGCUGGUUGACGGGUAUCUUGCUGAGAUAGCAAAAGACCCCAAGUUACCUCUUUCAAAGUUUGUUGAUCUCGCUGAAAUGAUGUCAGCUGACUCAAGGCCAGUGCAUGAUGGGCUUUAUCGUGCUAUUGACAGGUAUCUGAAGGAGCAUCCGGGCCUGAGCAAAAGUGAGAGAAAGAAGAUUUGUGGUCUGAUGGACUGCAAGAAACUGUCUGCAGAUGCCUGCUCUCAUGCCGUGCAGAACGAGCGCCUCCCACUACGGGCGGUAGUCCAGGUCCUCUUCUUUGAGCAGGUCAGGGCAGCAGCUACUGCUGCAGGCCGGACCGAGAACUGUGGUGGUUCCUAUGGGAGUUCGAGUUCAGGCGUCACUACCAACACAGAGGAUGACUGGGAUGGACUCCCAACAGUUGAAGAUUUCAAGUUGCUCAAGUCUAUGAAGCUCGUAGGCGGCGGGGAAAGCGAGAGGAGCAGCGACAGCAACGCCGCUAGUAAGAACCAAGGCAAUGACAGAGCUGGCAAUGGCAAGGUGAAGGGCAUCAUGAUGCCCAAGAAGAUUCUAGGCAAGCUGCUGUCGAGCAAGGGGCAGGGAGGGGAGAACACUAGCUCUGAUACGUCUGGUAGCCCAGGCUCAGCAAACCCGGAUGAGCCCAAGUCCACACCUUUAAGGAACACAAGAUACUCAGUUUCAUGAGCAACCUGCAUCACUUAGGCCGAGCACGAUGAAAGCUUACAAAUGGUCUCUUUUGUGUGAUCAAAGACCCAGUUUUGCAUGUACCAUAGAAAGGUGGUAUGGUUUUGGUAGAAGAUUAGAAUGUUGAACAAGAGAGAAUGUCGAUGUGGGUGAAUGUAAUUGUCUAUUAUUUUAUAUUGUAGCAAAAGAAUCGGUUAAAUCUUCUAUGACAUCCAUCCAACUGCAUCAUUUGAUGGUUGGGAAUGCCUUUUGAUUC